UAUGUCAACAUGGCUGCACGCGCUGGAGGCAAGCGUGGUCUGGAACAUUUAGAUGAAUAUGAACCAAAACAAGCUAAACAGCAAAGAAGUUUGCACGAUCAGAUGACAGAAAAGCGUCUUGUCAUUGUUUUAGAAGGAGCGACGCUUGAAACCGUAAAGGUUGGAAAGACAUUUGAGUUGCUGAACUGUGAUCAGCAUAAGAGUAUGAUAAUAAAGAGUGGCAGAGACCCAGGGAAGAUUCGUCCUGAUAUCACACAUCAGUGUCUGUUGAUGUUAUUGGACAGUCCUUUAAAUAGAGCAGGCCUGCUGCAAGUGUACAUUCACACAGAGAAGAAUGUUUUGAUCGAGAUCAACCCACAAACAAGAAUUCCUCGUACCUUUGCCAGAUUUUGUGGACUCAUGGUCCAGCUCCUGCACAAGUUGAGUGUGAGGGCAGCAGACGGCCCUCAGCGUUUGUUAAGACUCAUUAAAAAUCCAGUUUCAGACCACCUGCCACCUGGAUGCCCCCGAUUUUCCACAUCAUUCAAAGCUGGAGAGGCUGUAUGUCCUAGAACAAUUGUGCCAGAUGAUGGGCCUGCCGCCAUUGUCAUUGGAGCAUUUGCUCAUGGAGCAGUAAAUGUUGACUACACCGAGAAGACUGUUUCUAUCAGUAACUAUCCUCUGUCUGCAGCUUUGGCCUGUGCCAAAAUGUGUUCAGCAUUUGAAGAGGUCUGGGGUGUGUUAUGACAAGCCAAACAGUUAUGCACUGCCAGAUUUCCUGUUUAAUUGAAAAAUAGAUGUUUGGACUGCGUCCUGUAGGUUCAUGUAUCCAUUCAUUAAAGCAAAAAUUGGGUCGUGAUGCCACAGAAAAUAUUUUAUGUGUUGUGUAUGUCACACAAAGAUAACUCACACUGAAGCAAACUAUUAUAAAGCAAACAUCAAAAAGUGUUAAGAAUUGAAAACUAAGUUUCUAACUUUUUGUAUAGGUUUAUACAUUUGAUAAUUCCAAAAUUUGCCUUUUUAAGAUUAUAUCUGAUGUAUAAAAACACUU